AAAAGUUUCCGCCUUGAUUGUUACUCGUGAGGGCAACGAGAACGUUUAAUAAAGUAACCAGUCUAAAUAGAAAACUCGAGAAAGAUGAUUAAAGGAAUAUUGUUGUCGUUAAUCACUGAAGUAUAUGCAGGAUCAUGCUACUAUGAACAUAUGAACGUGUUCACUCCAAAACCGUUUGAAUUCUAUACAAAUACAACGACGCAUUAUGAGUACUGUCUUGCUGGAUGUUGUGGCGCCUAUAAACGUGGUGGUAUUAAUCAGUGCUGUGACUCUACUGGUGCUACAAUUGGAAUUCUGAUUGCUUUGGUUCUCUUCGUUGGACUGGUAGUCACUGCUGGUUUCGUGUAUAGACAAAAACGACGUAGACUUUUACUUGUAAAUGAUGUGUCGUCUGAACGAGACAGAUUAGUGAAACCAGGUUCACCGUCGAAUCUGUCAACAGAUGGUCAAAAGCAGUAUCAAAGUCACGGAAUAACACAUGAAACAUAAUUUGGAACUGAUAAUGAGAGCCCGUCACAAUAUAUAUUGCGAAUGCGUCUGCAAAGAAGACCUUGCAUUGCUUAGUUUUCAGCUGUUAUUAAAAUACAACAACUGCUUUCUCCACAAUUGUUUCGUUGUUUUAUUUUUCCUUGA